UUCUCCACCAACUAGGAAGCGCACAGUCGCCGGUUUGUGAGCCGGCCCUGAGCGGCUUUUGUUUUCUCCGUGUCGGUGGCUCGGAGUUGUCUUUUACGGUCUUCGCGGUGUAGAUGCAGUCGGUAACCGGAGCUCUCGGUUGUUGCCCUUCGCGGUAUGGAGGACUACUGCUGCGCAGAGCGAGAGAAGCUGGAAGCGUGGCUGGACGAUCACUUGGAGUUCACCCACUCCUACUUUAUCAGGAAGGCUUCAAGGGAGAUGGUGAAUGGCUGGUUUGCUGAGCGCAUCCACUCCAACCAGCCAUUUGCCUCCAAAGACAAUCCUGUACAGCAGCGAGCCCACCAAUCCUCCACAGACUUAACCUCUCCGGCCACCCUCUGCUUCCUGAACAACCGCUGCCCAUCCCCAGGCACAGUCCCUAGUCCGGCCCCCGGCACCCCGACUUGCAAGAUCUUGGCAUCCGAGUUUGACCGCCCACUCAGACCCAUCGUGGUUAAAGACUCAGAGGGCUCUUUGACGUUUCUGAGCGAGGCAGACCGCCAAACUGUCAUUGUCCAGGGGGACUCAGUUAUGGGUGAGGGUUGUGUCACUGGGGGAGGUAGUGGCAGCGGCAUUGACCGCUGCGCAAGGCUGCUGGAGCUGGUGAAGGACGUGUCAAGUCAUCUGGAUGUGACAGCACUCUGCCAUAAGAUCUUUCUCCACAUCAAUGAACUGAUGACCGCGGACCGCUACUCAUUGUUCCUGGUAGGCGAGGACAGCUCCAAUAGGAAGUUCUUGGUCAGCCGCCUGUUUGAUGUAGCUGAGGGAUCCACACUGGAGGAGUCUUCCAGUAGCUGCAUCCGGCUUGAGUGGAACAAGGGCAUUGUGGGACAUGUUGCUGCAACAGGGCAGUUGCUCAAUAUCAAGAACGCUUACGAGGACCCAAGGUUCAAUGCUGAGGUGGACCUGAUCACAGGUUACAAAACCCAGAGUAUCCUUUGCCUUCCUAUCAAGAAUCACAGAGACGAGGUAGUUGGAGUGGCUCAGGCUAUCAAUAAAAAAGGUGGGGAGGACAGUGCCUUCAGUGAACAGGAUGAAAGGGACUUCUCAGCCUAUUUAGCUUUCUCGGGCAUUGUCCUACACAACGCUCAGCUCUACGAGACAUCGCAACUCGAAAACAGACGCAAUCAGGUGCUAUUGGACCUGGCCAGUCUGAUCUUUGAGGAACAGCAGUGUCUAGAGGUUUUGCUGAGGAAGAUUGCAGGAACCAUUCUAUCCUUCAUGCAGGCCCAGGCUUGUACCGUCUUCAUCGCCGAUGAUGACUCCAUGAACUCCUUCUCCAGUGUCUUUUAUAUGAAAUACGAGGAGCUACGUGAAGUCCUUGAUGCCCCCAAAAGGGAUUGUGAUGUCAAUCAGAUUAACUACAUGUACGCCCAGUAUGUCAAAAACACCAUGCAGUCUCUCAACAUUUCAGACGUCACCAAGGACCAACGCUUCCCAUGGACACGGGAAAACCCAGAUCACACCAGCAACCAGAUAAAGAGCUUGCUCUGCACUCCCAUCAGAAAUGACAAGAAGGACAAAGUCAUAGGUGUAUGUCAGUUGGUGAACAAAAUGGAUGAAGCAUCAAGCAGUGUUAAAGCCUUCAACAGGAACGAUGAGCAGUUCCUGGAGGCAUUCACCAUCUUCUGUGGUCUUGGAAUUCAGAACACCCAGAUGUAUGAAACUGUGGAGAGAGCAAUGGCCAAGCAAGAAGUCACUCUGGAGGUGUUAUCGUAUCACGCCUCCGCCGCGGAGGAAGAAUCGCAGGAACUCCAGGUAACAGUGGUGUCCACAGUGCCAUCAGCCCAGUCGUUGCGUCUUAUGGACUUCAGCUUCAGUGACUUUGACUUGUCAGACAUCGAAACCACGCAGGCUACUAUUCGUAUGUUUGUCGACCUCAACCUGGUCCAAAACUUCCAGAUGAAAUAUACGAGUUUGUGCCAGUGGGUUCUGAGUGUGAAGAAGAACUACAGAAAGAAUGUGGCGUAUCACAACUGGAGACACGCCUUUAACACUGCCCAGAGCAUGUUCACCCUCCUUAAAUCGGGACACCUACAGAAUAACCUCAGCGAUCUGGAGGUCUUGGCUCUGAUGAUUGCAACUCUCAGCCACGAUCUGGACCACCGAGGAGUCAACAACUCCUACAUACAGAGGAGCGACCACCCACUGGCCCAGCUCUACUGCCACUCCACCAUGGAGCAUCACCACUUCGACCAGUGCCUCAUGAUCCUCAACAGCUCAUUGACUGACUGUGUGAAGAUCAAUGGAAGUCAAUGUAUCUUGCCUUUCAGGUCUAUGCUGAUGACUGCAUGUGACAUCUCAGCCAUCACAAAGCCCUGGCCAGUGCAAAAAAGGAUCGCGGAGCUGGUAGCCACUGAGUUCUUCGAGCAGGGGGAUAAGGAAAGACAGGAGCUGAACAUUGAGCCCAGUGACCUGAUGAAUCGUGAGAAGAAAGAUAAAAUACCCAGCAUGCAGGUGUCGUUCAUUGAUGCAAUCUGCACUCAGUUAUAUGAGACCUUGGCUGGCAUGUCAGAGUUUUGCUCCCCACUGCUGGAAGGAUGUCAGAGGAACCGGCAGCAUUGGAAGCGUCUGGCCGAGGAGAGCGAGAAAGGGCUCGUUACCGGCUUGGUGUGAUACGAACACCCGUUUGCUUUUCAACAAACACACAUUUCCACGGUCUUUUCAUUCCAAACUAGUCCCUCAGAAUUUCAUCAAACUACCAUGACAUCUUCAAUUUCCAAUAAGAUCAUUGCUCUAUCAAGAAAAGAUUGUUUGGUGAAAAAUAGAGAAUGUUUGACUUGUUGGAAAGUAAAAGGGUAGACACGCUCCUUCACCAAACCGUGAGAAGGUUCAGGUCCCAACUCAUGCAGAGAGUUUUGCUUGAAAAUGAAAAAUAUCCUACAACAUUUUUCGUAAUUCGCUAACCCCGCGAUUAGCGGUACACCCUCUUUACUCCAUGUGCAUUGCCCUUAAUUUAUAAUUAUCACAGAACAGAAGUAACACGGAUUGUUCAUUUGAUUUUGUAUAGCCCAAAAUAGCAAAUUUGCCUCAGAGGGCUUUACAGUCUGUACAGUCUUUGUCCCGAAACCCUUACAUUGGCACAAGAAAAAGUCUCCUAAAAAUAAAAGGAAUGAACGGCCUACAAUGAUGUAAUGUCAAUGAACAGCGUAAAAUAUGUACAAUACGUUAAAUUCCUCCGACAGAAAUCAUUCAAAUAUUCAUAGUAGUAAGCCAGGUGUACGGCAAAAGGGUAGACACGCUCCUUCACCAAAUGUAAAAUUGAGCUAUAUGCCAAAAGGUGGUGGACGAUCCGUCUAAACUAUUGCUGGCUUGUUUACAACAGUUCUGAUUUUAGAAGCUCACUUGUUAUCCGCUGGGCUUUUUGUAGCAAUCUCACCUUGUUCCAAGAUAGCAGUAAUUGCUUGUGAGUACAUAAAAAAAAAAGACUGGUUGUAAUAUCCUUUCACAUCAAAUCUGAAACCAAUUUGACUGUUCUCAAACUUUUGGCCACCUCUCAUGACAGAUGACAAUGAAGUGCAAUGUUAUGCUUUCAGAUGUUAUGCUCAUUUCUCCAAACUGUGAGUCCUGUCUUCCUAUCUCCACCGUUUUUCCCACGGCUGUCACUUACUAGAGAAAAUAACAGUAAGCACUAAACUAUAUUACAAUAGCAUUUUUAUCUUUGCACAGAGUUGCUAUCACCUUGAAGUCUCACUUACACUAUCACACACAGGCAGUGAGAUUUAGUGGAACACUGAAUGGUGAGACACUGGCACCAGUUUAGUGGAAUACAGAUACUCCACUAGCUAUAUAGUUUCCAAAGUGUAAAAGUUUGUUUGUUAAAUGUCUGUUCACACACACAUGGGUCUUUUCUAAGAGAAGAAAUAUCACUUAGUCUUAACUAUUGUAUAUUAAUUGUUUUACAUAUAAGUUUCUAUAUCGUAUGCUCAACCUAUUGUCGAGAGUACAACAUUCUUUAUAAAGGAAAUGUAGUUUUCAUACUUAAAUGUUGCUUUUUUGAAAGACCUUUCUUCGGAACAACUCUUUUAGGUGGCAUUUGGAUAUGUACUGUUUUGUGAUGUUUGAAACUUUUACUUUCAAAAUGUAAAAUAGCCAAAAGCUACGGCUGCAAUUUCAAAGGAAAAUGGGUCUACAUGUAACCACUGACGUGUGAUAAAAUAGGACCAACUCACAAAUAAAUAAAA